AUGCCGACCAUCCCGCGCCUCUGCUACGUUGUCCCCGCCGCCGGAGACGCCGAUGACGGCGACCGCUCCCUGUUCUACUCCGCUAAAUCUUCGAUCGGGAAGCGUCCUCGUCGCCGAAAUCAUCGCCUCGGUAUCUCUGCCUGCGCCGACGCCGUCCUCCGCUGGCUCUGUCCCCGUGGCCGACGGUGCCUCUGCUUCCGUGAUAAUCACCGCGCCGUCGACCCCGACUCCAUCUGCUUCGAGGAUAUCGCCGGCGUGCACUCGCCACCACACGUCCACAAGGCCAUCAUCGGUAGCAGCCCCCGGAUUUUUUGCUACUCCGAGCUUUAUAUCGGGACCAACGGGUUUAGUGACAGGGAAAUCCUCGGCAGCGGCGGCUUCGGGCGAGUGUACCGCGCGGUGCUUCCCAGCGAGAGCACUGUCGUGGCAGUCAAGUGCGUCGCUCGAUGUGGCGAUCGGUUCGAGAAGGCCUUCUCGGCGGAGCUGGUGGCCGUCGCUCAGCUUCGCCACCGCAACCUCGUCCGCCUUCGGGGAUGGUGCGUCCAUGACGACCAGCUUCUCUUGGUUUACGAUUACAUGCCCAACCAAAGCCUCGAUCGCUUCCUCUUCCUUCCGCUCGCUGCCGGAGCGAAACCGCUCGACUGGGCGUGCCGUCGACGGAUCGUGAAGGGCCUGGCGGCGGCCAUGUUCUACCUCCACGAGCAGCUCGACACGCAGAUCAUCCACCGCGACGUGAAGUCCAGCAACGUCAUGCUCGACUCGGAGUUCAACGCCCGGCUCGGCGACUUUGGCCUCGCUCGGUGGCUAGAUCACGGUGACGAAGUCUCUGAGACCUUGAUACGGUCUUUCUCCACGACGAACUACCAGUUUCGGCUGACGGAAACGAGCCGGGUCGGCGGCACGAUUGGGUACAUCCCGCCGGAGAGCUUCCAGAAGCUCCGCAGCAGUGCGGCAACGGCGAAGUCGGACGUUUUCAGCUUCGGGAUCGUGGUUCUGGAAGUGGCCACCGGGCGGCGGGCGGUGGACCUCUCGUCGCCGGACGAUCAAAUCUUCCUGCUAGAUUGGAUCCGGAAACUCGCGGACGAGGGUCGCUGCCUCGACGCCGUGGAUCAAAGACUGCCGGAUGGUACCUUUUCUUUGUCGGAGAUGCGGCGGCUCAUCCACCUCGGCCUCCUCUGCUCCCUCCACGACCCGCACGCACGGCCGACCAUGAAAUGGGUAAUGGAGACUCUCUCGUCGCAGAGCAACUCCGCUGAUGACCUCCCCUCUCUCCCAAGUUUCCAAUCCCAACCGGGAUACAUCACCUUCUCUCCUUCCACCACCACGACAUCCAAACCGCCCGCCACUACAUCCAACUUCCUCACCGCCGGGAACUCCACCCUGUUUUUAACAGCAGACGACGAUGGCAGCGAUAAUCGCUGCCAAGCCGGAAAGAAAAUGCCCAUUAUAGACACGCCGCGGGAGAUCACAUACGACGAGAUCGCGGCGAUCACAAACAAUUUCUCGGAGUCGCAGAUGGUGGCCGAGAUGGACUUCGGCACCGGCUACCGCGGCUACAUUGACAACCGCUUUCCGGUGCUGGUGAAACGACUCAGGAUGCGCACGUGCCCGGCGCUUCGAGCUCGGUUCGCCGGCGAGCUCCACAACCUGGCGAGGUUGCGUCACCGCCACCUAGUCCAGCUGCGCGGAUGGUGCACGGAGCAGGGCGAGAUGUUGGUCAUCUACGACUACUCCACCCCCAGUCUCCUCAGUCACCACCUCUUCCACCUCCGCACGGCGGCCCUGCCUUGGCGCCACCGCUACCACAUCGUCAAGUGCCUCGCCUCCGCCGUGCUCUACCUCCACGAGGAGUGGGAGGAGCAGGUGAUCCACCGUAGCAUCACUUCCUCCGCCGUCUUCCUCGACCCGGAAAUGAACCCCCGGCUCGGUGCCUUCGCGCUAGCUGAGUUCCUCUCCCGCAACUCGCACGGCCACUUCUCGGGGGCCCCCGCCGCGGCGGCGCGCGGCAUUUUCGGGUACAUGUCGCCUGAGUACGUGGAAACAGGGGAGGCAACAACGAUGGCGGACGCGUACAGCUUCGGAAUGGUGGUGCUCGAGGUGGUGAGCUGGCAGAUGGCCGUGGACUUCCGUCGGCCGGAGGUGCUUCUGGUGAAGAAGGUGUGGGGGUUGGAGGCGAGGAAGCGGCCGCUGGAGGAGCUCGCCGACGGGAAGCUGGAGGGGGAGUUCGAUCGCGAGGAGUUGACCAGGCUGGUGAAGCUUGGGAUUGCCUGCAGGCGAUCGAACCCGGAGAGGAGACCGAGGAUGAGGCAGAUCGUGAGCAUAUUGGACGGCAACGACGGGCUGCUGAAGGAAUUAAGGCAUAAGAAGGAGGGCAGAGGCGACUGGGAAGGGAAGAAUGCUGCAACGCUGUCAAUGGUUAGGAGAAUUCAGGCACUUGGGAUUCAGUGACAGAUAUCAUCGAUCACAGAUCUCGCCAACUCUUUCUCUGCUCGACCACUGUUCUUCGGCCUCUUCUCUUCUUUUCUAUUCUGAUUCACGUGUUCUUCCCUGUUUGAUUCUGCCAGCUCUCAAACUGCGGCUCCCGCGGCAGUGGCUCAACGGUCAACAUUUCAUUUCACCGUCCUCGCUCGGUAGCCAAAAAUUUCAUUUCAGAUUCCAAA